CCGCGCCGUUCCCUCCCCGCGGGUCUCGCGAGAGCCUCGCGCGCGGGGCGGGGGGGGGCGGCGGGAGCCCCAGCGCGAGCGGCGCCAGCGUGAGGACCCGGCCCGGCUCCCUCAGGCUGCUGAAGGAUGGGUGACGACAGGCCCUUCGUGUGCAGCGCCCCGGGCUGCGGACAGAGGUUCACAAACGAGGACCACCUGGCGGUUCAUAAACACAAGCAUGAGAUGACAUUGAAAUUCGGCCCCGCUCGCACCGACUCCGUCAUCAUCGCAGACCAGACUCCGACCCCGACUCGGUUCCUGAAGAACUGUGAGGAGGUGGGACUCUUCAACGAGCUGGCCAGCUCCUUCGAGCACGAGUUCAAGAAAGCUGCUGAGGAUGAUGAGAAAAAGGGCUCCGGGGCCCUGGACAUGUCCCUGCCCUCCACGCCGGACAUCAGGAUCAAGGAGGAGGAGCCGGUGGAGGUGGACUCGUCCCCGCCGGACAGCCCCGCGUCUCGGCCACGCUCGCCCCAGCACAAGGACAAGGAAUUGCCCUCCAAGCCGCUGAUGCUCUCCACACCCACGCCCACCAUCGUGCGGCCGGGCUCGCUGCCGCUGCACCUGGGCUACGACCCCCUGCACCCCACGCUGCCGUCCCCCACCUCCGUCAUCACCCAGGCCCCCCCCUCCAACAGACAGCUGGGGUCUCCCACCGGCUCCCUCCCGCUCGUGGUGCAGCUCGCCAAUGGCCAGGCCAUGCCCGUGCUGCCCGGCCCCCCCGUGCAGAUGCCGUCUGUCAUUUCGCUGGCCCGGCCGGUGGCCAUGGUGCCCAACAUCCCUGGCAUUCCCGGGCCCCCCAUCAACAGCAGCGGCUCCAUCUCGCCCUCGGGACUCCCAGCACAGUCUGAGGCCAAAAUGAGGCUGAAGGCCAGCCUGGCAGCAUCAUCCUCGCUGAACGGCGGCAGCCUGGUGGUGGGCUCGGCCAGCACCAUGGUGAGCGCGCGGCCGGAGCAGAGCCAGCUCCUGGUGCAGCACCCCGACGCCCCGUCCCCGGCCCAGCCACAGGUGUCCCCUGCCCAGCCCACGCCCAGCACGGGCGGGCGCCGCAAGCGGGCGGUGGACGAGGACCCGGACGAGCGGCGGCAGCGAUUCCUGGAGCGGAACCGCGCGGCCGCCUCGCGCUGCCGCCAGAAGCGCAAGCUCUGGGUGUCCUCCCUGGAGAAGAAAGCCGAGGAGCUCACGAGCCAGAACAUCCAGCUGAGCAACGAGGUGACGCUGCUGAGGAAUGAGGUGGCUCAGCUGAAGCAGCUGCUGCUGGCCCACAAGGACUGUCCUGUCACGGCCCUGCAGAAGAAGACUCAGGGCUACCUGGAGAGCCCGAAGGAGAGCUCGGAGCCCACGGGCUCCCCCGCGCCCGUCAUCCAGCACAGCUCGGCCUCGGCGGCGCCCAACGGGCUCAGCGCGGCGCGCUCGGCCGCCGAGGCCGUGGCCACCUCGGUGCUGGCCCAGAUGGCCGGGCAAAGGACAGAGCUGGCCGUGCCCGUGGCCUCGCACGUCAUCAUGGCCCCACAGUCGCAGUCUGCCGGCAGAUGAUGGCCCCGGGCCCGAGGAGCGCCCGCACGGACUGACCACAGCCCCGGCGCUGACCCGCCCCGGCCCGCCGGGAUUUUUCUUUUUUGGGGUUUUAUUCUUUUUUUUGUUGUUGUUUUGUUUUGAGUUAAGGGCAGCUCUGGCGCUUUCCCCGCUGCGCAGCCCCCGGGCAGGGCGGAUCCCGGAUCCUGGGGUUAACACUAAACUCGGGGCUGCCCUGGGCAGGACGCUGUGACACUCCGAGCUGUCCCCGUCUGCUCCCGGCACCGCUGCACCUUCACCAGGAGCCUCCCGGAGCUCUGAGCUCCUUCCCCCAGCCCAGCCGUGGAUUUUGGACGCGAGGGGAAGCGGGACUGCCCCGGCUUUGUGCCCUGGGACAAGGGGACAGCGUGGGGCUGGGGACAGACGCGUCCCCGGGCUCUCGGGGGCUGCUCCCAGGCAGGGGCUGGGGAAGGUACGGCCUGGCCGGGGCUGCUCCGCGUUCCCGAUGGAAAUGGGGUCAGGACACGGGGCAGGGCCCGGCCGGCAGCGACACCGUGAGACCCCAAACCCGGCACCGGCCCCGGCUCCGCCUGCACCAGCCCAUCCCGCACCGCCGGGAUCGCCUCCCGCCCACGGCACCUCGGUACCGGUGGCCUUAAAUCAUGGAAUUAUUGCCUGUUCCGAGGGGAGGGAGCCGGGAACGGGGUCGGGCUUUGCUCCCACGGCAGCGUUUGGUCACCGAGCCUCCGUCGCUCCCCAGCCGGAGCAGCCAAAGGAUCCCGGGCAGGUCAGAUCCCAGCUCCCAAAAUCCCUUUUCCUGCGCUCCGGGCUCUCCUGCGGCCGGCGGCGCUUCCCGAGGCUCCGGAGCCAGCAGCCGGGAAAUGGGAAGGGCUCCCGCCUGCUUUUGGGAUUUGGAAGGAAUCUUGUCCCGCUCCGUGGAACUGCUCCAGCCCUUGGAAUUCCUGCCCCUCACAGGUCCCUCCUCAGCCAAGCCCCCCCUCAGGUCGCACUUCGCCACUUUGGAGCCAGGUUGGUUUGUCCAGGUGAUUCUGUUUGGUUUCCCCACACUUGGAAGGUUCCCAGGGACAGCAAAACCCAAAGCAAAGGCUGAGCAGGAGCCGGGGAUCCCGGCACGGGCAGGAAAGCCCUGAGAUUUGGGGUUUUCCAGCAAUGGGAUCCGGCUUCUACCCCUCCCUCUUUUGCCGUUUUUCCUCAGCCGGGGUCGGGACGGGGGUCGGGGCUGGGGUGGGUUUGUGUUGCUGCUCCCGCGCUCCCUUUUCCCCUUUUCCCCUUUCUCAUCCCAGCUCCUCUCCGUGCCCGGGGUCACACCCAGCCCCGGGAUUCUCUUGCUCCCCAUUGCCACACCCCCAUCGCCAGUGCCUUGGAAACUCUGCAAAUCCUGGAAAGGUCGGUGGGAAAGCUCCAAACGUGGUCAGGGACAAGGAGGAAAUGAGCUGGAGACAGGCUGGGCUGUAGCUGGGUCUGUUGUUGCUUCACUCACAGCGCUGGAGCUUCCCGUGCCCAUUCCAGGCCUCUUUUACCCCAAAAGCAGCCGCUCCUCACUUCGUGACCAGUUUUGGGGCAAACCCCCGCUGAUUUCUGCCCCGUUCUGAUUCCUCCUGGGGCCGGCAGCCCCUGGCCCCGCUCGGCAGCGCCGGGCACCUGCACUUUGCCAGCCCCGGGGGUCCCGAGUCCCCUCCUGUCCCCUCCUGUCCCCUCCUGUCCCCAUCCCUGGAGCCGGGGGACAGCUCAGCGGGGCUGAACGGGCUCCGUUAGGGUCGGGCCGGGGGAACACGGGGAGCGGGAUCAGCUGGUGGGAUUUGGGGUUUCUGCAUUUUAUCAGAACUGUGACUUUGGAUAGGAACAAAUGGCUGCGAACCGGGGGAGCCCCACGAUGGGGGAGCUCCUGCUCCUUCCCUCCUCUUCCUCCCUUUUCAGCCUCCAAAUCCCCCAGGAUUGGGCGGGGUGGGAAGACUUGGUGCCUCUUUCCCCCCAGUCCGGUCUUUUGCCCGGAAUUCUUGGCUCAGGUGGGAAUUGUGUCACUUUGGGACUCGUGGACCCGUUCCUGCUCCCCCCGUCCCCCAAAACGAGCCCGGAGGUGCCGACGGGACACGGGAGGAGGGUCCCGGGCGUGCCCCCCACCCGCAGCUGCUUUGUGCCACGAGCUUUGACGAUCAAUAAUGGAAGAAGCCAAAAAGGACCCCCCAGUACCUGUGUAGUAUUUUAUCAGUCCAUAGCGACGCGUAUACGCUCCCAUAUAGCGCAGAUCGGCCGCCCGGGCCUGGCCCGAGCCCCGCGGCCCCCGAGGGACCCCCGGCCCCGCCCGGCUCCUGUGAGCGGGUCCUCACAGCCCCCGCGGGGGCCCGGGGCCGCGGGGGGACCCGGGGGACACGUCCCAGCCUCCCCCAGCCCUCGGCCGUGUCAUACCAAACAUGUAACGUGCCUUUUAUUUAUGCUGCAGGUAUCACAUUAAAAUAUUACCCAGGA